CAGGCAUCACUGUUGGGAUUGGACAAGACAGUGGAAAACAACGCCAAGACCGAUACAAACCGUUUGGCCAAGACGUUGACCAAGUUCUGGGAAAAGGUUGAUACCCACUAUGAUGCUACGAAGGACUUGUACGAAGUUCAGUUGGACGGGAAGACAUUGAAAACACCUUUGGGCUUCCCAUUGGCAUUGCCUUCUUCCAAGAAACAGCUUGCUUACUUGAUCGCUAACGAAUGGGCGAACUUACCAGACUUGAAAAUCAAGACCAACAUGAUGCCUCUUACCUCGAUAGCUGCUCGUUCUAUUGACUUGAUCAAUAUUCACGAAAAAGAAGCUGGUUCCGAGAAGAACGAGAUGAUAGCUAAGGUAGGCGACUUGGACGAUAUCAAGUUCAACAUGUUGAGAUACCUUGACACAGACACUUGUCUCAUUUUCACUACCAGAGACGAAUACAGAGGUACGUUGAGAAAGAGACAGGACGAGUUGUACCUUCCGUUGAUUGCUGAGUUUGAGGACUUUUUCACAAUUUUCGCUCACAAUAAGGAGGCUGAGAUCAAGUUAGAGUAUCUUGACUGUGAAACCGAUGGAAUAAGAGGAAACAAACAGAGCAUCACUACUCAGAACGUAGUCUUGCAGUGGUUGCAUCUCUUACCCAUCUACGACUUGAUAGCACUUGAAAAGGCCAUCUUGACGUCCAAGUCAUUCUUGUGUGGUGUGACAUUGUUGAGGUCGAACGCUGCGCAAUCGGACCCCAAAUUGAUGAAGGAAACUGUAGAGGAAAUCGUCGAGUUGGGCAACAUGGAGACCAUCUUCCAGACCCGCGAAUGGGGUGAAGUCGAAGACACCCACGAUGUCGACAAGGUCGACUGGUUGAGAAACUUGACCAGUGCAGCCUUGUUGUGCCAUUAG